UAUGCUGCCACACUGAUUUUUUCUUGCUCCACGUGCGGCGAUUUUGUAGAUUUUGUAUUUUUAUUGCGUUUGUUCUUGAUUUUAGUUGAUAAACUUAAUUCAAAAUGCCACCUGUAAGAAAGCCCAAGCCGCAGAAAAUCGAAAAACAGUCGACGCCCAAGAAAACCAUUAAUAAGGCCAAGGAGGUAGUUUCUGGACAGCUGAAGAAAAAGGUGGCCAAGUCCAAGCCCCAAAAGGAAAAGCGUCCAGAACGCGGCGUUGUCGUAGUCAAGCAUCUGCCCCAUGGGUUCUUUGAGCAUCAGCUGCGUCAAUACUUUCGCCAAUUUGGCCGGGUGCUCCGCGUGCGUUUGGCCAGAUCCCUGCGCACUGGAAACAGCAAGGGCUACGCCUUUGUGGAGUUCGAGUAUCCGGAGGUGGCCAAGGUGGCGGCCGACACCAUGGACAACUACCUCAUGUUCCAGAAGGUGGUUAAAGCCUCCUACAUUCCGCCUGAGAAGCAGACCUUCAACUUCUUUAGGACCUCCGUAAAGAAGGUCGUAAACAAGGCUGGCAAGGAAAUCUACGUCUCGGACGUGACCAAAGCCACCCAGCGAAGCGUUAAAAAACAGAACGAUUGGGAUGAGUCCGCCUGCCAAAAACGCACGGUGAACAAUUUGAACAAGAUCAAAAAGCUGCAGGAGAAGUACAAGGACUUGGGUAUUGACUUCUCCGAUUUAAUGGUGGAGCCAGUCAAGAAAACUAAGAAAACGACAGAGGAAGAGACCACUGAGGCAUCCACAAGCCAGGCGGCAACCAAGGCGGGAGGCAAAAAACAGAAACAGGCGGCAAAGAAGGAGCCCAAGCUGGAGGACCUGCUGGGCACCACCAUCAACGAGGACUCCGACGAUGAGGACUACGUAGAUGCCUCCGAUGAUGAUUCUGAGUUGGAGAUUGAGGAAGAAGAUGAAGACAGUGAGCCGACCAGCGAUGACAGUGACGAGGAAGUCGAGUUGCCGUUGCCGCCUAAAAAGAAGAAUAAGGUUAGCCUGUCAGACAAACUAAAGCGCAAGCCCGGCACUGGCGGUGUGCAGAAAAAGAAACUGGCUCCAGUUGUCAAGAACACUAAAAGUGCCGCCACCCAGAAGCUGCAGCUGGCCGCAGCCAAGUCGUUGGCCAAACCCCUGCCCAAGGGAAAGGCCAAGAAGUCAAAGAAGUAGCUUAAAAUACCUUUACUAUAGUUGUUAAGUAAGCGAAAACAUUUUGUAAGAUGAAUUGUGUUAAAAUAUGUCCCUUUAAAAA